GCUGUCUGAUUUUUAACCACGUAGCGUCAACAGUCACAUACGCGAAGGAAGAAAAAUAAUACUUAAACAUACGAUGUGACUUCGGAAAAGCCACGGAUUAACGCUCGGUAGCGAUUGCCAGAGAAAGUGAAGCUGUAAUAGUUUCCACUGUUUUUGAAUUGUUUGGUCGCUUUUUUGCCUUUUUUAUUUUGUUGGAGUGAGCGACAACUAAGGGAUACUCUAUUGCCAUUCCCUGCUUCAGCUGCUAGCUAGCUACCUUGUUUUGCCGCAUGUAUAGAAAAUGGCAACUGCACUCAGUGGACGAAACCCGGGAGGUCGCGGACCCAACCCAAGAAAAGGCCGGAUUUUAGGCAUCAUUGACGCUAUCCAGGAUGCAGUCGGACCACCGAAGCAAGCCGCCGCCGACCGCCGAACGGUGGAAAAGACGUGGAAACUCAUGGAUAAAGUGGUGAGACUGUGUCAGAACCCGCGGCUGCAGCUGAAGAACAGCCCGCCUUACAUCCUGGACAUCCUGCCGGACACCUACCAGCACCUGCGGCUGAUACUGUGCAAGUACGAGGAGAACCAGAGACUGACGCAGCUCAGCGAGAACGAGUACUUCAAGAUCUACAUCGACAGCCUGAUGAAGAAGUCCAAGCGGGCGAUCCGCCUCUUUAAGGAGGGCAAGGAGAGGAUGUACGAGGAGCAGUCGCAGGACAGGCGCAACCUCACCAAGCUCUCGCUGAUCUUCAGCCACAUGCUGGCCGAGAUCAAGGCCAUCUUCCCUGGGGGGCAGUUCCAGGGGGACACCUUCCGCAUCACGAAAGCUGACGCCGCCGAGUUCUGGCGCAAAUUUUUUGGGGAAAGGACCAUAGUGCCGUGGAAAGUGUUCCGUCAGUGCCUUCACGAAGUGCAUCCCAUCAGCUCGGGCCUGGAGGCCAUGGCGCUCAAGUCCACCAUCGACCUGACCUGCAACGACUACAUCUCUGUGUUCGAGUUCGACAUCUUCACCAGGCUCUUCCAGCCCUGGGGAUCCAUCCUGAGGAACUGGAACUUCCUUGCCGUGACUCACCCGGGCUACAUGGCCUUCCUGACCUACGACGAGGUCAAGGCGCGCCUGCAGAAGUACAUCAACAAGCCCGGCAGCUACAUCUUCCGGCUGAGCUGCACGCGCCUGGGACAGUGGGCCAUCGGCUACGUCACCAGCGACGGGAACAUCCUGCAGACCAUCCCUCACAACAAGCCCCUCUUCCAGGCGCUCAUCGACGGCUGCAGGGAGGGAUUCUACCUGUUCCCCGACGGGCGCAGCUACAACCCCGACCUGACGGGUUUGUGUGAACCCACCCCUCACGACCACAUCAAAGUCACACAGGAGCAGUACGAGCUCUACUGUGAGAUGGGCUCCACCUUCCAGCUGUGCAAGAUCUGCGCCGAGAACGACAAGGACGUGAAGAUCGAGCCCUGCGGCCACCUCAUGUGCACCCACUGCCUGACCGCGUGGCAGGAGUCGGACGGGCAGGGAUGCCCCUUCUGCCGCUGCGAGAUCAAGGGCACGGAGCCCAUCAUCGUGGACCCCUUCGACCCGCGCAACGACGGCGCCAAGUGCUUCUUCCUGGACAACUUCGCCUCACCCAUGCUGGACCUGGACGACGACGACGACCGCGAGGAGUCGCUGGUCAUGAACGGCCUCGCCUCCAUCAGGAAGUGCACAGACAGACAGAACUCUCCAGUGAUGUCCCCCAACUCGUCACCGGUGGCCCAGCGCAGGAAGCCCCUCCCCGAGCCCACCAGCAUCCAGCACCUGAGCCUGCCCCCUGUGCCACCCCGCCUGGACCUCAUCCAGAAGGGCGUGAUGCGCUCGCCCUCCGCCAGCCCCACCGGCUCCCCCAAGUCCUCUCCCGGGAUGGCGAGGAAGCAGGACAAGCCCCUCCCGGCUCCCCCGCCCCCUCAGAGGGACCCCCCGCCGCCGCCCCCCGAGCGGCCUCCGCCCAUCCCGCCCGACGGCCGCGCCUCCUGGCUGGCGCACCCCUCUGCGGGCCUGCCCCGGGACCCCCAGCCGCCCCCGGAGGCCCGGUGCCCCAAGGAGAGCCCGCUGGUUGAGUCCUGGCCGGGGGCCGACCGCUCCCCGAAGAUGGGCCACGCCGCCCCCACCCACGUGAACGGGCGACCUGUCAGCUGCCUCUCGGACCCGGGUGUCUUGCGCCCUCAACACAGGGUAGACUCCACCCAGGAAAGUACCAAGUCCUUCUCCAACGGUCUCCUGGCCAACGAUGAGUACGACAUACCCCCUCUGCGGCACUCCCCUCCCCCGCCUGCCCUCACCAGCAGCCAAAAGUACUCCAACCCCUUCACCAGCCCCUGCACUGAAAGACCCAGCCGUGAGGAAGACGAGUAUCAGAUCCCCUCAUCGCACCCCGUCACUCUCACCCAGCCCCCUGUCUGCAUCUCUGUGCGGAUCCCCACCAGGGGCCUGGAGAACGGCCAGUUUGCAAACGGGUCCUCAGAUCACUCCAUGGAAGGGAAGAAGCACAAGGCGCUGGAAUACGGUGCUCAUUUUGAGUCUGGCUUGUUUGUAUCGGGGCCGCCGCGUCCUGUCUUCUGCCCCCCCAGCAACAGGACACCCUCAGACUACGACAUUCUGCUCCCCCAUCAAGCAGAGGAUCUCUUCAACAGCGCGCCCCCCACCCAGCCCCCGCCCCCGCCCCCGCUGCGGCACAGCCCCGCGGACUUGUCCUCAUCCCCUUCCUGUUCCCGCGCCGCUCGGCCGGCCUCUGGACACGAACACUUCCUGCUCAACCCCGAUAACUUCUUCGACGGGCCCGUGCCCCUGCCCCCAGUGCGGAGGCAGACCGGAGACAGCAUGAAGCCUCCAGCGAGGGCUACACAGGAGUACGACCAGCUGCCUCCCACCCCAGUCCUGGCGGACAGCGUGCAGGCACCCGCCAGGCCCCCAAAGCCCCUUCCCCGGAAGACCCCUCCUGACGUCCACCUCAGGAAGCCCCAUGGCCACGAGUCGGCCAGCGAGAGCGUGGACGCCAAAAUCGCCAAGCUGAUGGGGGAGGGCUAUUCCUUCGAGGAUGUGAAACGGGCUCUGAUGAUCGCCCAGAACAAAGUGGAUGUGGCCAGGAACAUUUUGCGGGAGUUUGCCCUGGUGGCCCCCAGACUGAACCUGUAGCCUGAGGCAGGGACUCCAUCAGGAGAGACUCUAAACUACAGGAGGACCAGAGACCCAGGGGAAUGAAGUUCUCCCGCAAUGGUGUCAGCAAUCAGAGAUGGGGAAUCGAAGAUGAAGAAAUCUUGGGAUCCGGGGCAGGGAGGGGUGGGGGGGAACGCACAGCUACAUGUUUUAGCCAUAACGAAUCAGGGUUGAACUGAGGCAAAGCAUUUCCUUGUUGACACGUGAAAAACCUGUGAAAAAUGAAAGCUUGUUGUUUACAGUGGACAGCUGGCUCUGUGUCGCAGCCGCUUGGCCGGCUCCCAGUUCCCGCCGGGCCCUGCAGGCCACCCCGUGUCGCUCCUGUCCUGCUGCUGCCGAUGCCGCUGCUGCCGCCACACUGUCCUGUCACCGUCCCCAACCUGGCCGACCCGCUCGCUCCUCUGGGGUGUGACUAUAUCACCUUUUCAUUUGGGUAUUGUUUUUUUGGGUUUUUC